CGAGCAACUAACCACAGACAAACGCGAAACAAAAUCCCCCCAAAUCACUCCCAGUCUGCUCCUUCCUCCUUCCACCACAGCCCCCAAUAAACUCAAUCCAUCUCAUCUCCUUCCCCACCCCCCGCCCCCGCCCCCACCCACAUUGAUUGAUUUCAGAUCCCCACAAAGCCCCCACUGCGAUCUGAUCGUCAUUCCCAGUCAACCCCAAAGGAGGAGCAAAGAAGAAGAAGAAGAAGAAGAAGAAGAAGGAACUAAUGGAGAAUUUCAGAUCCAAGUCCUGCAAGAACGCAGAGGUUUACAGCUACAGCUACGGCUCCGGCUCCUAUGGCGGCCCGCCGCAGCCCACCAGCAUGCAAGAUCUGAGGUGUUACAGCGCCAGCCACGCCUACGGCAAGCCUCAGCUGGAGAUGAACAGCAACACUACCCACUCCAAGGAGGCGGGUAAGAACAGCAACGCUAAGGUCAAGAAUGGUGGAGGGGCGGGGCCCGCGUCGUCGGCGUCGAGGAGCUGGAGCUUCACCGACGCGGAGCUGCAGAGGAAGAAGAGGGUCGCCAGCUACAAGGUCUACGCCGUCGAAGGGAAGAUGAAGGGAUCCAUCAAGAAGAGCUUCCGGUGGAUCAAGAGCACCUGCUCCAACGUCGUCUACGGCUCUUGGUGGUAAUAUAUUAUAUAUAUAUAUAUAUAUAUAUGAAACUCGCACCCCGUGGAAUCAGAAUCAUCGAUAUCGGGCCGGAAAAGAUGUUCGAAUUCUGAUAGUUUCUUGUUGUUCGGGUUUCGGUCGAUCAGAAUCGAAUUACUGUGUAAGUAACUUAAACAUGGGGAAGUACUGCUGCUGCUGCUGCUGCUAGUGCUUUGCUUACUUGAUGUGCAUCUUGUAUGUCGGGAAAGGAAUAAGUUAUUACGUUCGGAUUAUGAAAAGGAUAAGUUACGUGAAAAAUCACGACGUUUCGGUUUAAAUUAGAAAGAUACUUUCCUGAUUAGUUAGAUCUGUGGAUAGUGAAGUUGUUGAUAUUAGUCGAUAAUGAUUCUUUAGUGAUUUGUAUUGGAAAGUAUACUCUAAGAUUUGUUGAACAGGCACCGGGGAGACAGUUAUGAAAUCCCGAUUGAUGGCAUUUGACAGAAUUUUGCUGAGCGCGGAAUUCGGCGAGUUUCUUUAUCUACUGAUCGCGGCGGCCUCUGUAUAAAGCUUAAAAUCUUUUUUCGGGUUACAGAAACUUUAGCUUGAACGAGAAAAUAAGUUAAAUGGAGUCCGAAACGAGGGAGACACGGACUCGGAUGAAGUCGGUAUGCUUUGGUUUGGAGAUGCGUGCCAUGAGCUAUGAUCCUGAGCCCAAUAGAACCUCCUUAACCAGAUCAAAAGACAUGAAAACAGUGCUUAGACGUCAAAGGAUAUAUUGAGGUUACGACAUAAGUUUGUGAGACUGACCAAAUAAACGCACUUUAUGGUUUUUAUUUCCAGUUGAGAUUAAGAAGGAUCUUAUUGCCGCGUGCAAACAGUGGCAUGGUAAAUCUGAGACGACAGCGGUCCUGUUUGGGUACGGUAUUCUCCCGGUUGGAUCAUAGAAAUUUAUUUAUUUAUUUUUUUCAAGAUUGAGAUAGUCUUGUUGGACAAUAUGGCGGACCGCAAGGACAGUGGACGAUGAUGGACGAACUCGUUGGAGAAAAAGAUGAUGAGCUAUUAUCGGAGGAAGAAGAGAAACACAUACAUGCAUUUACUUUCUAUUACGAGAUAUAUUCGGGAUAUGCUAAAUCUUCUACCAUAAUGUCUUGUGAUACACAUUGUAAUAUAUUUAUCAUUGUAAUAUCUCUAGUUUAGGUAUCCUUCGAUACUUCCUAGAUUUAGUUUUCUAGUUUCCUCUUUAGCAUGG